CUGGAGGUUUUGUGAGACUCCUGGAGGAUGCUACCUUCUGUUUCUUCCUGGAUCUUUUCCACCGCAUCAUGCCUCAUGUGGACAUACUCUACAGCCAACUCCAGAAGAGGUCCAUCGAUUCGGUCUUUGUCCACAGAGUGACGCAGCAUUUCACCGACAACGUGCAGAUGAUCAGAGACUCCCUCCCUACUGUCAGUGAAGAACAUCACAGCUGUGUGCCUCAGCAGCAGCUGGCCAAGAAGCGCCGCACACUGGGACCAGAUGAACUACAGAGGAUAGCUACAGAGGUUUGUGACACAAUCCUGGGCCAUGCAAAAGAGAGGUUUGCCUUCACCAAACACCUAAUCAGUGCUACACUGCUUCAAGGAGACAGAUUCCAGGAGUACGACAGCCAGUUCCCUGAAGCAGCGCUCAACACCACCAUGGAGGCCUAUCCAAUGCUGAAUAAGGGCAAGCUGAAAACUGAACUGUCACUCAUCUUCAGCAGCACAGAGUUCAGGAGUUGCAACGGUGCUGUGGCUCUGUCCCAGCUCUUCAUGAGCAACAAUCUUCAGGACACCUUCUCAGAGACUGUGUCUCUCCUGAACAUCCUCAUCACGACUCCAAUGACGACAGCUGAAUCUGAGAGGUGCUUCUCAACACUAAAAAGAAUCAAGACCUUCCUCAGGAACACGAUGUCGCAGGAUCAUCUUAAUGCACUGGCCAUGCUCUCUAUGGAAAAGAAACUUGUCAGGGAGACCCCAGAUUUUAACCAUAGAGUCAUUGAGAAAUUUGCAUGUCUCAAAGACAGAAAAGCAAAACUUGCAUACAAAAAAUAACACAGAUGUAGAGGUGCUGGCUUUAAUCUCUAAAAUGUGAGGAUUUACUGUUUUUGUCAUUUAAUAAUGUAAAUAGAAAUGUCAGUUGACACAAGUGGCACUUUAGACUGAAAGCCUGUUGAUUUUCAUGUGUUCUGAAAUCUGAGGAAUUACUGUUUUUCUUUAUUUUCAUUGUAAAUAUUUAAUGUUAGUUGACAGAAGCACUUUGGGCUCACAGCCUAAGAUAAGAUAGGUUUUAUUUGUCACAUGCAGUUAUACAUAGUAUAAUGCCUAAUGGUUUCACUAUUUUUUUUUCAGGCAAAGUGACAAAUUUUUAUUGCUUUGAUCUUAAAUAUGCAGAUUUGCUGUGUUCUCAUUGUCAUGUAAGGUUGUUAAUGUAAAAGUUAGGUCAUAGAAGCGCUGUCUGCUUUAAGCCUUAUAGUUAGGUUUUUUUUUUUUAACAAAGUGUCCAAUGUUUGUUGGUUUCACAGGUAUGGAUUUGUUUUUGUUUAUUUGAGUAUGUAAAUAUAAAUAUGUUGUUCCAAAGAUUUUGCUGGACAGAAGAAGCACUUGGCACUCUUUGAAGCUGGAAAAAUGAAUUGUUUCCUUUUUUACUUUUGAAGUAAAAAAUAGAUUAGCAUAUUUA